AUGAUCAAGCUCAAAGCGUUCUCUUCCUUCUUGGGGUCUUUACAGUUGACCCGUGAACAGCAGCGAUACAGGCAUACAGACUAUAUCCUGCUUCGCAGUAGAGCAGAUCACCAUGAAGCCGAGUCAACCUUGACGAAACGAGCAGUUGGCAUCUUGCCAAUAGUGAGCAUCUUGACAGUGCUGCUUGCCUUGCCAUUGUGUAUUUUCUUUCACACUUUUUCGACUAUCUUCUUCUACCUGUCGCUGUUCCUCUUUGCUCUGCCAUUGACAUUUGUCUGGCUUGCUCCAUGGACAAGAACGAAGCUGGUUUUCGUUUGCAGCUAUCUCCUCUUCCUUGUCUUCACACUCUGUCAAGUUCAAUCCGCUCUCGACCCAUCCGCAGUCGCCGUUUCAAGAGCUGCAGGUCGAGCCAACACAGACAAGAAAGUUUUCAUCGCCUCCAAUCUACACAACAAUCAAGAUGUGCUACCUUACUAUUCUGCAGCACUCCAACAACUGGUCCAGCUUAUUGGCGUUAACAACACGUACGUCAGCAUUUACGAAUCGCACUCCUCCGAUAAGACCAAGCCGAUGCUCUCUGUGAUCGACCACGACCUUCAACAGCUAGGCGUACCACGUCGCAUUCUUAUGGACGACAAGCGCACAAAAGUUGGCCUCGGUCAACACCGUAACGGUCGAAUCGAUUUCUUGGCCUAUGUCCGAAACGUAGCUCUAGAACCCCUGAAGGAGCUGUUCGACAAAGGACAACCUUUUACGCAUGUUCUGUGGAUAAACGAUGUUUAUUUUCAGCCAAAUGCGAUUCUGCAGCUUCUCGAUACCGAUGCGGGCAGGUACGACCAGGCUUGCGCUCUCGAUUUUAUUGGCAAUGGUUUCUACGACAUCUGGGUCAUGAGGGAUGUGCAAGGCGAGACCGCUAAGCGAACAUGGCCCUACUUUGCCAAUAAGCGCGAGAUUCAAGCGCUUCGAGAUGAGCGUCCCUUUUUGGUCAAUGCUUGCUGA